GCGGCUGCGGCCAUGCAGGUCUCCAGCCUCAAUGAGGUGAAGAUCUACAGCCUGAGCGCCGGCAGGAGCCUCCCGGAGUGGCUCUCUGACAGGAAGAAAAGAGCUUUACAGAAGAAAGAUGUGGAUAUCCGUAGAAGAAUUGAACUUAUUCAAGACUUUGAAAUGCCCACUAUUAGCACAAAGAUUAAGGUAUCAAGAGAUGGACAGUAUAUUAUGGCAGUUGGAACUUACAAGCCCAGGGUCCGCUGUUUUGAUACCUAUCAGUUAUCCCAGAAAUUUGAAAGAUGCUUAGAUUCCGAAGUGGUUACGUUUGAGAUUUUAUCAGAUGAUUACUCAAAGAUUGUCUUCUUGCAGUGUGGCAGAUUUGUGGAGUUUCAUUCACAACAUGGCCAUUACUACAAGACAAGAAUACCAAAAUUUGGUAGAGAUUUCUCUUACCACUACCCAUCAUGUGACCUGUAUUUCGUAGGAGCAAGUUCUGAAGUGUACAGGCUGAAUCUGGAACAAGGAAGAUUUCUGAACUCCCUGCAAACCGAAGCUUCAGAGAGUAAUGCCUGUGACAUAAAUCCUGUCCACUUCUUGUUUGCUAUGGGGACGGCUGAGGGAAAAGUGGAAUGCUGGGAUCCUAGAACUAGAAAUCGAGUUGGGCUGUUGGACUGUGCAUUAAGCAGUGUGACAGCAGACACAGAGAUAGAAGGUUUGCCAUCCAUUUCAGCACUGAAAUUUGAUGGGGCUUUGAAUAUGGCUGUUGGAACAUCUACUGGGCAGGUCCUAUUAUAUGAUCUUCGGUCUAGUAAUCCAUUAAUAGUCAAAGAUCAUCACUAUGGCCUGCCUAUUAAAUCCAUUCAGUUUCAGCAUCAGUUGGAUUUAAUUAUCUCUGCGGAUUCUCGAAUCAUAAAAAUGUGGAACAAAGAUACAGGAAAGAUAUUUACUUCAAUGGAGCCAGAACAUGAUAUAAAUGAUGUCUGCCUUUAUCCAAAUUCAGGAAUGCUAAUGACUGCCAAUGAAGCCCCUAAAAUGAAUAUCUAUUAUAUACCAGUUUUAGGACCUGCCCCAAAAUGGUGUUCCUUCUUGGACAACUUGACUGAAGAACUGGAAGAGAAUCCAGAAAGCACUGUUUAUGAUGAUUACAAAUUUGUUACCAGAAAAGACCUUGAAAAUUUAGGUCUUGCUCAUCUCAUUGGAUCAUCAUUGCUCAGAGCAUAUAUGCAUGGCUUCUUCAUGGACAUAAGACUUUAUCAUAAGGCAAAAAUGAUGGCCAACCCCUUUGCCUAUGAAGAAUAUAGAAGAGAGAAAAUAAGGCAGAAGAUAGAAGAAACUCGUGCACAGAGAGUUCAAUUGAAGAAACUCCCAAAAGUUAAUAAAGAACUUGCACUCAAACUGAUUGAAGAAGAAGGAGAAGAGCAACAGUUCAGUAAAAAAAGAAAACAAAAGAAUCUGCCCAGCCUUCUCAAAGAUGAUCGUUUUAAGGUCAUGUUUGAGAAUCCAGAUUUCCAGGUGGAUGAGCAGAGUGAAGAAUUUAGGCUACUUAACCCACUUGUUUCUAAAAUAAGUGAGAAAAGAAAGAGGAAGCUAAGGAUCUUAGAAGAACUGGAAGCACAAGGACAGGAAGAGGAGGAAGAACCAGAAGGAAAAGCAAGUGAUGCAGAAAGUUCUGAGAGUUCAGAUGAUGAAAAAGGCUGGGUUGAAGAGGUCAGGAAACAGCGCAAGCUUUUACGCCAAGAGGAAAAACUAAAGCGGCAGGAAAGGCUCAAGGAGGAUCAGCAAACAUUACUAAAACCUCAGUUUUUUGAGAUUAAAGAAGGAGAGGAAUUCAGAAGCUUCAAAGACUCUGCCAAAAAACAAAAAUUAAUGAAGAAAACUCUUGAAGAUCGUUUAAAGCUUGAAGAAAAACUUGGCACACUCAAUGUGUCUGAUACCACAGUAGGCAGCAAACAGGCAACAUUCAAAUUAAAGAAGUCAGAGCAGCAAAGGAAACAGCAGGAAGCUGAGAAACGACAUCGUCAGGAGAGGAAAACCCUCCGGCGCUCUGCCAGUCAUCUCAAGAGCAGACGUGGAAGAGGACGACUAUUUCAUUGAUUUAUGUUGGCUUUUUUUAAGAAACCUUUUACCUCAUUUUCAUUUGAAAAAGGGGCUUUUUCAAAUUGGGACACAGUACCAAUGGAUUUGUAUUUUGAUUCAUUGGUGAACACAAAGCCAGAACCUCCUAAACCUUGUGUUAAUUACUGAAAAGUUUAUGAAAGUUAAAGUACUGACCAAAGGACAAUAUGAAUAUGGUCCAUUGUGAGCUGUAUUUGUUCAGAAAUCACCAGCAAUUGGUUAUUGUGUAACCCUGGAUGUUUUCUAUAUAAGAAUUUAGUAUACAACAAGGCUGCCUGUCUUUUAUUUAACUUAAGAACUGUGAGUUUCAGUUUCUGAAAUCUUUGUGACUGCUUAGAUAAAAGAUCAAAGGAAUCAGUCUUUAUCCAGAAUUGCAUUUCCUAGAAGCUGAGCAGCUGCUGGGAUCCUUUGUGACAUUUAAGGUUCAUACUCUUAAGGUAAAGAGUAAUCUCAUGGAAACUCAUGUAUGAUUGUUUCAUACCUGUGAGAACUCAGUGGUGAGAAUCAGUGUUGAAAACUCACUGUAAAUAAAUGUACAGAUAGUGGUUAAAUGUAGCGAAAUGCUGGUGAGAUAAAGGAAUGACCUAGGUCUGAUGUCUCACCUGUACUUCACCACUUUUUUACUCCACAGGUAAUAUGAUUUAUAUCAGUUAGGCUAUUACUCAUUCAACAAACAUUGAACCAAAACUAAUUAUCUAAUGUUCUUUACAAAAUUCUGUUACCAAGCCAAGAAUCAUUCUGUGUUCCUGUGGCUGGUAUAUUGUCUGAAAUGAGGAGCAUCUACAAUUUAAACAAAGCUGAAAAUAAAUUUGUAAAACUGUACCCCACACUGCUUGUUUUUAAUAUCUGAACUAAAGAAACGUGAUUUUAAAAUAUUACCCCUCAUAUGUAGCAAGUGUGUGUAAAAUGUAUAUGUAUAUGCACAUGCACAUUUUUGUUCUCAUGGGGUUUAUUUAUGGAGUUUAAAGCAGAUUUGAGAUUGUCAGGCUUCAGGGAGAGUUGUGAGAGAGAAUGAAAUAGUUUUCAGAUUACUCCAUCUUGUUUUGCAGCAGCCUUUUAAAUUUGUAUUCUUCAUGUUUCCAGGUUUGAAAAUGGGGAGUAUAAUUUAAUUCCAGGAAGAAAGGACCGUAUUGCAGAUGCAGGAGUACAGUGAAGCAGUGCAGCUCCUUGCCUGGGGAGGUUGUGCAAUGUCCACAAAAAAUCUUGUGAUGUUGGAUUAAACAUCUGCAGGUAUAGAUGUCUGUGUAUCUUCAGGUGUAGUGGAACCUUCUCUGAGGGUGAGGAAUGGUAUUAUGAACUCUAGAGGACCUCUCCAGCCUGAUUACUCUAUGAAUGUUGCAGGGCAUAAGGAGGAAACAUGUAUCAUUAAUUGACUGGAGUAAUUUUUUCCCUUUGUCUCAUCCUUCCCCUGAAUCACUCACUAGUUUUAUCUUUUUAUCUCUUUCUUAAAGAUUAAGUACUUCUUCUGGCAUGUGUCCAUAGCUAAUAUAUUUUGUCUGAUCUUGAGAAGUAUGGGGAUUUUAAACUGAAUGAAAGCACAUAAAUCUAUUAAUAAAUUUUACCUCUUGAUCAUUA